AUGGAUCCCGCACGCAACAACAUCGCUCCGGCUCCGGCUAGCGAAUCAGGUGACUCCAUCCCCGGCGCUAACGGUUCCGAGUACUUCACCGCGGAGUCAACUCGUUCCUCCUCCUCCUUCACUUCCGCAAAGACAUCUUCUCCCGAAAAGCGAGAGUCACGAGAGCAGCCCCCCACGUUGAAGAACCAGCCAAAAGUAAUCAACCAAGAGGACCUCAUUGAAGAGGACCUACAGAGCACAGUCAAGCGUCCCGAGAAGCGCGGUCGUAAACUUGAGUCAAAGACCCCAACCCCAUCCCCAACCCCAAAGGCGAAGGGUAAACGCAGAAUCGAGCGGAAGGCUCAAGGUCAAGGUCAAGCAGCCCCACGCGCAAAGCAAACACCCCGCGCACAAGCAACGGUUCGAGCAGCUAUGGCAGCCUCGGGUCAAAAUAACUCGGGCACCGCGCAGUCCUGGGUCUCCGCGACCACGACCAAUGCCGCCAAGUUCGCACGCCUCCAGACCACCGCGACGAACUUGGGCUUCGCGGACUCACCUUUCUUCCCCAAGAGCGCCAAGGAGUUCGCCGAGCACAACGCUGCGUUCGCCAACGACAAGCUACUCGAGCAGCAGGGCAAGAGCGACCGCAAGGCGGCGGAGCUGGAGCUCAAGAAGAAGGAUGAUCGGCCCAAGACCCUGGAGGCAGAUCUCAAGGUGCGGGGACUGAAGAUGGACGACGCGGGAGAUAUUGAUGGUGGAAACGGCACGGCCGAGUUUAGCUUCGGCGGCUUGAAUGCUGGCAAGGAGGUUACGAACUGUAUGGAGCUGGAGGAGGAGCAUGGUGGGUAUUCGUCGUACAGCAAGGUUUUGGGAGAGCGCACAAACAUCUGGGGUGGUGCGGAGGAGACCAACUGUGCGGAGGGCAAGAGACCGUGGGGCAAGAAGGAGAUUCGUGCGUACUGGCCAGACACGGCAGAGUUGAAGGCAGAGGGCGAGACGAGAUUCAAGCUGACUGGAGAGCGCCGCUUCCCCCUCCCACGUAUCGACCGCUACAGCAAGGCCGCCAUCCUCAAGAUCAUCCCCCGCAAUGCCAAUCUUACGGACGAGCAGAUCGAAAACAUGGCCGAGGCCCUCGUCAAAUCCCACCUGCAUCACGACAUCAAGUGGUACGAGCGUGAGAUUUCCAACUACAGACACAAGCUCGACAAGCUCCCAUCCAUUGCCAAGAUCUUCCAUAAGCAUCUCGAGACGGACACUGCUGCUGAUCCGGCCGAUUCGGAUGCUGCUCGGGCUGCGACUGCCAUGGCACAGGAGACCCCAGUUGGUAGUAGCUAUGGCGGUGGAGCUGUCAGAUCUGGCAGUGUCAUGGGUAGUGGUGGCCAGGAGGGUCGCCAGAGAGCCGACAGUGGCAUGUUCUCGAGUUCUGCUACAGAUGCGAGCAGUGUGAUCGGAGGCAGUGACCGUCAAGGACAAACUGGUGGAUUUGGUGGUAGAUUUGGCGGUGGAUCUGGUGGUGGAUCUGGUGGUGGAUCUGGUGGUGGAUCUGGUGGUGGAUCUGGUGGUGGAUCUGGUGGUGGAUUUGGGGGUAGACCUGGUGGUGGUGGAGAGGGCAGUGCAUUCCACGCUGUCCACGCAGGCGGUCCCCCUCGUCCUCCUCCUGGCUGGGGAUUCCCCACUUCUGGUGGCCCUGGCAUUGCUGGACUCCAGUGGGGCCCCGGCCCUGGUUUCCCAAGCACGACCGAUCAGAUCAACCAGCAGUUCGGCGACGUUGCAGCUGCACUGGCUCAACAGUUCGGUGGCAUGGGAAUCGGCGGCGGCAUGGGCAGCGGGGGUGGUGUGCAGCUGGGCGGUCCUUUCCGCGGUUUUGAUGGGCCAAAGGCCAAGAUCGCUCCGGGGCAAGGCCAUGCUCACUACCCUGGUGAUGGGGACGAGCCUCCUCCUGGAGGAUGGCAGUUCGAUGAGGAUGCCCUGCGUGCGCAGGGAAACUCGUUCUGGGAUGAGCUGCUCGAUGCUCUCGAGUACGAGGCUGACAAGGCUGACCACCUUGUUCAGAUGCAGAAGGGGCUCGACUCUUGA